AUGACAAUGGUUGUUUUAAACCCCCCACACACACACAUAUGCACACUUUUAUUUAUCUAUUUAUUUAUCCUUCUCUCUGUCUAUUUCCCCACCCCUAAAUCUCUUGAUUUGUCAACUUGGGUGGGUCAUUUUAUUUUCUUCCAUUUGGAUUUUAGUCUUUUAUUUAUAUUUUCCUUUUUUCCUUUUUUUUUUUUUUUCUUCUUCCUUUAUACCUAUUACUUUUGCUUCUCUCUGUCCAUCUCUCUCUCUCUGCUUCUUUCUUUCUGUCCAUCUCUCUCUCUCUGCUUCUUUCUUUCUGUCCAUCUCUCUCUCUCUGCUUUCUUCUUUCUUUCUGUCCAUCUCUCUCUCUUUCUCCAUUUUCUUUUCUUUCUGUCCAUCUCAUCUCUCUCUCUCUUUCUUCUUUAUUUUUCUGUCCAUCUCUCUCUCUCUGCUUUCUUCUUUCUUUCUGUCCAUCUCUCUCUCUCUGCUUUCUUCUUUCUUUCUGUCCAUCUCUCUCUCUCUGCUUUCUUCUUUCUUUCUGUCCAUCUCUCUCUCUCUGCUUUCUUCUUUCUUUCUGUCCAUCUCUCUCUCUGCUUUCUUCUUUCUUUCUUUUUCUGUCCAUUCUCUCUCUCUUUCUUCUUUCUUUCUGUCAUCUCUCUCUCUCUUUCUUCUUUCUUCUCUGUCCAUCUCUCUCUCUCUCUCUCUUUCUUCUUUCAUCUCUGUCCAUCUCUCUCUUUAUUCUUUCUUUCUUUCUUUCUGUCCAUCUCUCUCUCUCUGCUUUCUUCUUUCUCUCUGUCCAUCUCCUCUCUCUCUCUUUUUCUUUUCUUUCUUUCCAUCUCUCUCUCUCUUGCUUUUUUUAAAGAAAUUUUUCUGUCCAUCUCUCUCUCUUUUCUUCUUUUUUCUUUCUGUCCAUCUCUCUCUCUCUCUUCUUUCUUUUUUCUUUCUGUCCAUUACAUCUCUCUUGAAUUUCAUCUUUCUGUCCAUCUCUCUCUCUCUCUCUUCUCUUCUUUUUUCUAUUCCAUCUCUCUCUCUCUCUUUCUUUUGAAAAUUUCUAAAUUCUUUCUCUCAUCUCUCUUUUUCAAUUUUUUCUUUUUCUUUCUUUCUCUCUCUUUAGAGAGAGUUCUCUUUUCUCUCAUUUUUUCUUUCUUUCUCUCUGCUUUCUUCUUUCUUUCUCUCUGCUUUCUUCUUUCUUUCUCUCUGCUUUCUUCUUUCUUUCUCUCUGCUUUCUUCUUUCUUUCUUUGCUUUAA